AUGGCUCCCUGUUUCUUACUUGGUGGCGCCCUCCUCUUUGCGUUGCAUGCUGUACUUGCGGUGCCCGCGGCCCCGUCACUUCCACGACAAGAGGCAGACGCGACGGAUGGAAUCGCUCCCCUCGCGCAACCCCAGAUUGAGUCGUUUAAGCCUUACACCAAUUUCGCAAAUGCCGCAUAUUGUGCACCCAUCGUGACGGUUGACUGGAGUUGCGGCCAACACUGCGAGGCCAACCCCAACUUCAAGCCCACUGCAGCGGGAGGAGAUGGCAUUUUCGUACAGUUCUGGUUUGUCGGUUUUGACCCCGAUCUGGGCGAGGUCAUUGUUGCCCACCAAGGAACACAACUUCUCACAAUUGUUCCUGUCUUGGAGGAUUUAGAUUUACUACCUCUGCCUUUGGAUGAGCAACUCUUUGCAGGUGUUGGCCUGGAUGUUCUCGUUCAUAGCGGUUUCUCUAUAGCGCAAGCCGAGACGUCUCAGUUUAUCUUGGCGGCUGUAAAGAAUACGAUGCAAGAGUUCAAUACGAGUAAGGUCACGACUGUCGGGCACUCGCUCGGAGCGUCAAUCUCGUUGUUGGACGCGGUAUUUCUACACUUGCACCUUCCUGAUGCAACUGUUCGAUUCGUUGGUUACGGCCUGCCACGAGUCGGUGACGACCCGUUUGUGCAACUUGUGGACCGCCUUGGGUUCCAGGUAAACCAUGUAGCGAAUAAGAAGGAUCUCGUCCCUAUCCUUCCUCCAGUACUGCUUGGAUAUCGACAUAUUAGCGGAGAGAUUCAUAUCGACGAAGCGAACCAGUGGAUCAAUUGCCCUGGUCACGACAACCCAAGCACAUCCUGCACCGUCGGGGACACUAACCUUCUGCUAGACUUCAACAUCUUUGAUCAUGCUGGUCCCUACGACGGCGUCCUCAUAUCUACUUUCUGCUAG